CACCUGCAUAUGCAGGAUCCAAAAGUAAUGGACAAUAAAUUACUUGAAGCGGAGCUCCACACGAUUAUGCCAAAGCUCGCGAUUGAUAGCCACUAUGCAGCUUUUUACCUACCGGCUAGAGCUGCUAUUUGGUCAGAUUGUGUUCUUGAAAUAGUUCAAAGCCCUAUCGUAUCUUCCGAGGAAAGCCGUUUACGAUUUCGAAUUGUAGAUCGAGGUCUGGUCCAUUUCCUAAGGAUCCUAGUACAGUUGGAAAAUGAGGACAUGCUGUGAGGCGAUUGCCAUCAGUCUGAAUGGCAUUUUUCUGUCUCCAUCACUGGCGCCUUGACUCCCGUGCCGCCUCAGCCUUUACUGACCAGGAAAGAAAUGGAUCAUCACAGGCCAUCAAAACAAUUCUUACCCUUCUCGCAGACAUAGCCUCUGAUAACGUGUAUUCUCACAAGGGCAUGAGUGAGCUAAACGACGAGAUGAUUGAGGUUUUCCCAUACACGAUCACCAUGAUCUACCAGCUUCUACUCGAGAUGCGAGACUAUCUGCCACCACCAGAUUACCCGAGUUCAGCAGAGUCGCCUCAGCCACUUGAUGCUCUGCAGAGUGAGAUGAAGAUGAUGAAGUAUGUAUUGGAGAGGCAGAGUGUGCGGUGGGAGAUUUCGCGUCAAUAUGUUAACAACUUGAACAACAUGCCGGGAAAUAGUUUGUAUGUGGCGAGUUGACAGCGAUGACACUAAUGCGAGGUUCUAUCAUAUUUGCCCUUUUCUAUUAGCUCGCCGGUACCGCUAUGGAUUCUCUAUGAACGUCCUCGAUAGCUUUGGUUUUUUUAGUCUGCCA